AUGUGGAACACAGAGGCCUGGACCUUAAAGGUCUACCUUACUGUGUCCCCAGAAUGCUGGAUCAUAUGUGGGCCAACCUGCCUGGCUUUUAGUUUGUUUUUAAAUCAUUUGGCUGAUGGUCCUAAUACAGUGACCUAUGAUGAUGUGUAUGUGAACUUCACUGAAGAAGAAUGGGCUCUGCUGGAUCCUUUACAGAAGAAUCUCUAUAAAGAUGUGAUGCUGGAGACCCUCAGGAAUCUAACUAUUAUAGGUUGCCUAAUUUCCAAUAUUUUUUCAUACGUUUUCUGUUACUAUAUUGUAGGCUGCAAUUGGGAAGACCAUAAUAUUGAAGAACAUUGUCAAUAUUCUAGAAGACAUGGAAGGCAUGAAGGAAGUCAUAUUGGAGGGAAAGGCUAUGAAUUUAUUCAGGGUGAUAAAGCCUCUGCACGUCAUGGUUAUCCUCAAAGGCAUGAAAGAAUUCAUACUGAAGAGAAAUCCUGUGAAGAUAUUCAACAUGGUAAAGACCUUGCAGGACACAGUGAUCUCCAAAAACAUAACAGAACACAUACUGGAGAGAAAGUGUACAAAUGUAAUGAGUGUGGUAAAGCUUUUGCCUAUCAUAAUUCUCUUAAAAUACAUAAGAGAAUACAUACUGGAGAGAAACCCUACAUAUGUAAUGAAUGUGGUAUAGCCUUUGCUUAUCUUAAUUCUCUUAAAAGACAUAACAGAACACAUACUGGAGAGAAUCUUUAUGAAUGUAACCAAUGUAGUAAAGCAUUUACAGAUCACCAUGUUCUUCAAAGGCAUAAAAGAACACAUACUAGUGAAAAACCUUAUAAGUGUAAUCAAUGUGGUAAAGCCUAUUCACAACACUGUCAUCUCCAAAUACAUAAAAGAACACAUACUGGAGAGAAGCCUUAUGAAUGUAAGCAUUGCAGUAAAGCCUUUUCUUGUGGUGAUCAACUUCGAAGGCAUGAAAGAAUUCAUACUGGAGAGAAACCUUGCAAAUGUAAUCAAUGUGGUAAAGCCUACGCACAUCACAGUAGUCUUCUAGUCCAUAAAAGAACACAUACUGGAGAGAAACCCUAUGAAUGUAACCAGUGUGGUAAAGCUUUUGCACGUCACAAUACUCUUCAGUACCAUAAGAGAACACAUACUGGAGAGAAGCCCUAUGAAUGUAACCAAUGUGGUAAAGUCUUUGCAUACCAAGGUAAUCUUCAAAUGCAUAAAAAAACACACACUGGAGAGAAACCCUAUGAAUGUAAUCACUUUGGCAAAGCCUUUAUAGGUAACCAUUCUCUUCAAUGGCAGAAAAGAACGCACACUGGAGAAAAACCUUAUGAAGGUAAUCAAGGUGAUAAACCCCAUUCACAACAAGGUCAUCUCCAAAUACAUAAAAGAACACAUACUGGAGACAAACCUCACAAAUGUAAUCAAUGUUGUAAAACCUUUGUACAUUACAAUCGUCUUCAAGUCCAUGAAAGAACCCAUAUUCAAGAGAAACCCUAUGAAUGUAGUCGACGUGGUAAAGCUGGUGCAUCUUCUGAUUCUCUUCAAAGACAUAUAAGAACACAUACUGGAGACAAAUCUUAUGAAUGUAAUCAAUGUGGUAAAGCCUUUUCAUAUCCAGGUAAUCUCCAAAAACAUAAAAGAAUGCAUAUUGGAGCAAAACCUUAGAAACAUGAUGAGUGUGAUGAAUUGUUUCACAACACCGUAGUCUCCAAAUACAUAAAACACGUAUGGAGAGAAAUCUUAUGAAUGUUAAGCAAUGUGAUAAGUCCUUUGCCUCUCAUGUUCAACUUCAAAUGCAUGAAAUAAUUCAUACUGAAGUGAAUCCUUCUAAAUGUAAUUAAUGUGGUUAAUUACAUUAAUUAAUUAAUGUAAUGGUUGCAUUUUGUGAUUAUCUUCAAAGACAUAAACACAUACUGGAGAAUAACACUAUGAAUAUAAUCAAUAAAAGCCUUUGCAGGUCACAGUAGUCUCCAAAUACAUAAAAGAACACACACUAGACAGAAACCCUAUGAAUGUAACCAUAGUGGUGAAGCCUUUGCAGGUCACAGUGAUCUUCAGAGAUGGUGGUUUAAAUUUGCUUGUGCCAUGGGAAAGUGGCACUAUUAGGAAGUGUGGCCUUGUUUGAAGAAUUGUAUCACUGUUGGGGUUGGCUUUGAGGUCUUAUCCUUAAGCUCCACCCAGAGCAGAAGAGAGUCUUCUGGUUGCCUUCUGAUCAAGGUAUAGAACUCUUUGUUCUUCCAGCACUGGAUACUGCCAUGCUUUUCACCUUGAUAAUAAUGGACUGAAACUCUGUAUCUGCAACGCCUCCCCAAUUAAAUGUUGUGUUUUAUAAGAGUUGCCUUGGUUAUGCUAUCUUUUCACUGCAGUAAAACCUAAAUUAAGACCAAGUGCAUGAAAAUUGCACUGGAGUGAAGCCCUACGAAUGUAUUGAAUAUGGUGAAGCCUUUGUACAUUUCUAUAAUCCUCUUUAUAAGGAAAGUAUUCAUACUGGAGAGAAACCAUAUGAAUGGAAGCAAUGUUGUGAAUCCUUUGCUCCUGACAGUCAUCUCCAAAUGUAGAAAAGAACACAUACUAGAGAAAAACCAUAUGGAUGUGCUCAAUGUGUUAAAAGCCUUUUUGUCAUGAGGUCUACUUGAAUUCAACACACCUCUAACACUAGGUCAAUCCAAAUGGCAAGAAUUAGUUGUGAUCAAGCCAUUGGAGUUUAGAGGGUUGGGUUAGCAUAGGGCUACUGAUCUAUCAGGGCCUCAGAAGUGGAACUGCAAACCAAAUGCUACAGAGCUUUUAAGCUUGACAACCAAAAACUUCUCUGACAAGUUAUGAUUAAAUUCUUCCACACAUCGGGAUUUAUGAGUGGGGGUUUUAUUAUAUGGUUGAGCUAUGUCCA